AUGAACGAAGACCUUCAGAGCGAGGUUCCGCUGGCGUAUAUCACGCUAAAGGAAGGGUCAGUGGAGAGGGAUGAGACGGCGUUUGAGAUUCUCACCUACGUGAAGGCUCAGCUAAUCUACUAUAAGCAUAUCCGUGGAGGCAUUAUUUGGGCAUCAACAAUCCCCAGGAGCGCUUCGGGAAAGAUUCUUAAACGGGUGCUCCGAGACCGAGCUGGGGGUGCAGAUAAAGGGAAACAGAUCGGGGCAGUUGCCUACAAGAAAUACAGACAGUCGAAGCUAUAG